AUGCACUGUCAAGCCGAGGUGAGGCUUUCCUCUCCCGGCCAGCUGAAGGCUGUCAGGCGGCGCUACAAGACUUUCAUGAUUGACGAGAUCCUCUCCAAAGAGGCUUGUGAUUAUUUUGAGAAGUUUUCCCUGUACUCAGUGUGCCCGUCGCUCAUCGUUCGACCGAAGCCUCUUCACUCUUGUUCGGGCUCCUCUUCACUACGUGCCUACCCACUCCUCUCGGUCAUCACACGGCAGCCUCCUAACCACCCGGGCCACCACCUACAUACACCUCCAUCUCCAGGCGGAGUAUCACCUCACCUUCCCCUGCUGUCACCGCAGCAUGGCCGAGGCUCCGAGCCGUCGCCCAGCCAAACCCCCCUCAGUAUCAGCAGUGACUCGGAGACAGAGCGCGGCACCCCCCGCCUGAAAAAGCCCCGGCGUAGCCGGACCAUCUUCACAGAGUUGCAACUAAUGGGACUCGAGAAGAAGUUUCAGAAGCAGAAGUACCUGUCCACACCUGACAGGCUAGACUUGGCACAGUCCCUUGGUCUCACACAGCUUCAGGUGAAGACAUGGUACCAAAACAGGCGCAUGAAGUGGAAGAAGAUGGUGCUCAAAGGAGGUCAGGAGGCACCUACCAAGCCUAAAGGCAGACCAAAGAAGAACUCAAUUCCCACUACUGAGGAAAUAGAAGCUGAGGAACGGCGACUGAAGCAGGAGGAAGAGGAGCAGCUGAGAGAGAUGAAGGGAAACUCUAUUCCUGCUCAGACAGAAGAAAUGGCACCUCAGCUUGAUCUUGACGCUCUAAACUCUGUGCAGACCGCCACCCUACAAUGUCAGAGUGCAGCAAAAGUGGUGGACGGCGCUGAGAAGGCGCGACCUCUCCUAAUACCCUCAGACACUCAUGCCGAGACCUAA